GUCAGUAUGUGAAGGCAGCUGAAAUUAGUCUUUCAGGCUCUCCUCUAGUCUCUGUGCUGAUCAUGGAUUUUUCUGUCUACCUCCCGACUCUGCUGUCUGUCCUUUCUCAGUGCACAGCUCAGUGGUGUUACCAGAGCCAGUACUCCUGUGACGACACAUGCAGAGAUCCUAUCCGCUGGGCAGCUCAGUUUCCCAGCUGUGGAGGAUUACGCCAAUCACCCAUUAACAUUGUCACCAGCAAAGUGCACGUCAACAGCGCCCUGCCACCCUUCAACCUCAUCGGCCACACCAACACAAACAACAUCACAGUGGAAAACAAAGGACACUCUGCUCACUUUGCUCUGCCGCAGUCGGUCCGACUGACAGGAGGAGCUCUGCCCGGUCACUACAGAGCCGCCCAGUUUCACUUCCACUGGGGAGGUGAAGGGACGCCAGGAUCAGAGCACACCAUUGACGGAGAGAGGUUCCCCAUGGAGCUGCAUAUAGUCCACAUCAAGGAGCCGUACGGCUCUCUGGCAGAGGCAGAACAUGAUAUGGCCGGUAUAGCUCUGCUUGCCUUCCUGUUUGAGGAAACAACCGAUGAUCAUCCUCAUCUGGACCCAGUAAUAGCUGCUUUGGGCCGGGUACAAAACAAUGGCAGCAGCACAGUGAUCCAAAACUUUCGACUCAGUGACAUUAUCCCGUCUGCAAAGGAGCUCCACAGUUACUACCGCUAUGUGGGCUCCAUGACAACUCCAGGAUGUGAACAGGCUGUUGCCUGGACGGUGUUUCACAAGACUCUGCCCAUCAGCAGUCGACAGCUGGAUGCAAUAGUUCGGCAGUGUCGAUUCUGGACGGGACAGCCCAUGACAGACAUCUUCAGACCUACGCAGCCUCUGGACGGCAGAGUUGUGUACCGGUCCAAGGCGAGUGCAGCUCUGACGAGUGUGAUCCACCUGUGGUUCGGUGUGUUCUCAGCCGUAAUCGGGACAACGUGUCUGAUACACUGACUCAAGACAUAAAAACACCUGAUUUUAGUGGCAGAAGCUCGUGUAUGUAUCAAGGCAACUUUAACCUGUGUGAUAGUUAAACAACAAACUGUUUAUUAUGUUUAAGGUUAUUCAUUAAACAAAAUGUCACCUGCAUUUGCACACAAACUAUGGAACACUAAAUCCAUCAUGAUUGUUGUGACAGUGAGAGAAUUUAUUUUGUAAGGUGAAAGUAACUCACCUCUUAGCACUUAGUCUGUGUGUGAGUAUUACGUAGGAUCUUUACCUCAGCAGGCCUUUAUGUUUCCUUUAUUAUGUUGUCAUUAGGGGUCCAUAUAUUCCUAUAUAUAUUCCUUAAUGUGUUUUUUCAGUGAGAUAGAAGUGUGAUGAUUAAAAAAACAUCUAGAAUUAGGGGUUCACAGUAACCUUUCUUUUUUUUUCUUUCUGACACUUACAAGCUGACUGACUUCCCUUUUUCAUGAAGUGCUAUCUCUUCUGUACUUCUGCAUAUUGUUUUCUUCGCUGUCUGUCAGAGUUUAAUGUAGAAGACCAGACAAUCAAGGCAUUUCCUACGUGUACUGUACAUGUGUUAAUUUGUGGGAAAACCAAACAAGUUGUAAAAUGUACAUAAAUACCUUUGAUUCUCUGCCAUAA